AUGUCAGUGAGAGGUAGAAGGAGGGCGAGGUCGUCUAGGGCUGUUUCGAAUUAUGCGGUCAGACGCGUUCGGCGUAUGCUGCGUGAGAGCACUCACGCAGGGCACGUGAGUAGUGGGGUACCUGUGUACCUGGCAGCGAUUUUGGAAUGCUUGACAAAGGAAUUAUUGGAGCGUGCAGCGAACGUUGCACUGAACAACAGAGAUACUUCCAUUGACCUUCGACAUCUUCAGCUGGCAGCUAGACAUGACCAAGAACUGAACGCGCUGUUAGCUGGAGUCACAAUUUCUCAAGAUGGUGUUUUACCCACUGAAGAACAACCGUAA